GGAGCGCGUCCCCGCGCUGCUGUAUGCUACGUUUUGUUAGUUAGUGUUGUCAAUUUAGCACCUUGUCGCUAUAUUUAGCGAGUUUUCAGACCCCUUCAGCUACUUUUCAGGCUGCCAUUGGGGAGUUUUGCCACCGGUCCGAGAGUUUCUAUGGUUUUUAUAGUAUUUAGCGACUUUUCCCACAAAAUUGUGCCGCAAACGAGAGUGGGAGAAGCUGUCUGUACUACGGAAGUUACAGCAACAGCGCACAGGCAGAGAAGCACAAAGCUAGGGGUGUGAGGCGGGAGAGGGGACGAAAACGUAACGUCGGGGACUGGCAGCUGUGCCACAGCAAGGAAAACUGGUGCUGUGACGUCGUCGCGGCAACGGAAAAACGUAAUCUAGAGACAAAUGAAGUUGGCAACACUGCUGGAUGACACGCGGUCCGUCAGAGAGAGAGAGUGUUCGAGCAGGGAAUGGUGAUGGGGUGUCUGCUUCUCCUUGAGAUGGGAUUGUACGCCAGUUCUUUCAUGUGUGGGAUAGUCACGGCAGCUUCUCUCGCUAUCACACAGGGUAGUUUCGGGGGUCUCUGUAUGCUGUAUGGAACGGUGAACCACAACUUGUCGUCGCACUCCAUAUUGGUCCAGACCUCCAGCGCACCCUCUCUCUGUUCCUUUGUCUCUUCUAUCUCAGUGUGUGUAGCAGUGUUCAGUUUCUUGAUAUCACUGUUCUGGAUAUGUACAUGCUUCCUGACUCAAGACUGUAACAGAACACGUCUGGGGCUGAACGUGACCCUGGUGUUGUGUGGCGUGUUCCUCUUCUUCCUCCUGGUGACGGGGUGUGUGUUGAAGAUGGGAAGAGACUCUCUGUGUGACUCUGUCCUACACACUGUCCCCAACAUCACCAGAUGUGAAGAGGCUCAGUCUAGGACCUGGAUCAGUCCUUACACUGGAACACAGUUCUACACUGGACUAUACAACGCUGGGACGGCGGUGUGGGUGAACUUAUUUUUAUGGAUUCUGAUUGGCAUGCUGGUGGUGAUCCAGAGCGGUUACGGGUCAGAUUUCGGAAUGAUGGCGGACGACAAUUUACCCACGCCCUCUGAGACAGAAUAUAUUUUCCACACAGACACACACAUGGGGACACACACACACACACGUACUCCUCACUGUCUGACCUGUUCGAGGAUGAAUGAACCUUACCCUGUAUGUGUGUUUCCAGGGAGAGUGUGUGUUUCCAGAGAGAGAGAGUGUUAUGAUGAGUUUCUGGUAUUGAGAAGUUCAAGAUGCAAGAAUUUACUUAGACAUUCUGUGGAGAUUUUAUUUUUUAUUGGUUCACGAACGCCCGUGGGUUCAUCUAACAAACGGACAUAGCUCUGCUCUUUGUCACUUGAACUGCCCACACACACAAAUCUCACAGCUUUUAUACUCUUGGUUAUCCUUCCUUUCACAUACCUCUGGCCAUCGUCAAUGAGCACUCCCAUUCUUUGAUGUUAUUACUCUUUACCCCAUCAUGCUAUCCUAAACAUCAGUAAUCUCCUUUGACAUAAGGAAUGUAGACUCAGUGGACCCAAGUCAAUUAUCCCCCUAACUCUUCCCUGGUCCACACAAUACUAUGACAUGACAUCAUGUGGUCCUCUGUAGCUCAGCUGGUAGAGCACGGCGCUUGUAACGCCAUGGU